GACAAAUAAAAAUACAGAAUACAGUAAAUCAAAUAGCAGCGACCGUUAUGGCAAUUUCUAACUGUAUCAGAUCAUGCUUUUGUUUGGACAUACGCUUUAUCGUCAUGACUUUAAUUUGAAAUGUAUCUAUGUCAAGCUAAAAUAACUAUGCGUUAAAGAUGCACGUCUAUUGUGCGAUGUUAUUUUUGACUGUUAUUGUUCUGUAUUUCUGUGCGGUUUGUGGGGAUCUGCAAAGUGAUAUUGAUGUAGAGCUUAGGAGACAAAACGGCACAAGCUUAUUGCGAAAACGGAGAUAUUUAGUGUUCCCUGAAGGAAGUUCUUUUCAGGUCGUUUACGAUUUGGCUUAUCCAUCUAUAGAUGGGAUAGGAUUUUUUGUUUAUGGCAAUACGGCCGCUUUGGCUUGGGAACUGCCUUCAACCCCCGUAUUUUUGGACAAAAAAUUUCAAAAGAAAGAAGAACCUGAAGAACCGACGACUAUGCUGCCUCAUCUCGAACACCCUGAUCAUUACGAACAUGAUUGGCAACCACCCGAAUCGUGGGAGUAUAAGCAUAAAAGUGACUACGGGUGGCAAAGCAAAGCUGGAAGUGCAACCAACCUGGAUCUGAGACAUAAUGCCAGACUGGGAUAUGAGGCCAGAAGACCUGUUAACUCCUAUUCAAGCCCAUUUCAGAGUUAUUCAAGAGAUGCGCAAUAUCAACAUCAAGCCGAUUAUUCCGGUGCAUCCGGAACUAGAAGUUACUCAUAUAAAAACAAUCCUAAAAACUUCUGGGACAGGCAAAGCUUCUACAAUCAAAGAAACAUGAUAUACAGGCCAAAAACUCAGCAGUCAUAUCAGAGUAGAAUGGAAUAUUUAGACAGACAGCUUCAUAACAACAUUCACAGAAGAACCAGAAGAGAUUUAUAUGGAAAACUCCAGGAACUGUUUUCCACGCUGAUGACUGAUGGAAAGUCUUGUGUGCUAAAGAUUAUUUGUCAAGUGCAUCAAACACCAGAAGAAAAAGGGUCGUUUGUGGCGGAAUUGCUGAAAACUAUUUUCAAAGUGAAGCCAAAUGAUGAACAAGUAAAUGAAGAUCAAUAUGACCAAGCAGCUCGUCUAGAACAUGACUGUGAUGAUUUGUAUCCAAAAUGUAAGGGAAAUGCUUUGGACCAGUUAAUGUCAUCUGUUUUAAGUAAUAAAAAAGAACGUACUCAAUGAA